CUUCCUAAGCCCACAAAAAUCCCAUCUUUUGACUGCCGAGAAAUUUACGUAUUCAAAAUAUUUAAGAUCCUAUCACCUGAACACCGAGCUAGAGAAGAAGAAGGCUAGAGAAAGAGGUUGACGUCUUCAUUUCAAGCCUAAGUAAUCCUCAGGUCCUUCGCUGUGUGCUAAAGACUGACUCCUUCACCGGACAUAAUCUGCUGUUCUUUGUCUUUGAUAAAGGAACCAGAGAGUUUUCUUGUCCACCGUCCAUGUUAUUUUAAUUGGUAAAUAAAACAGCUGAUGCCACUUAUCUAGUAUGGAUUCACAUCAAUUUUUUGGAUAUAGCGUUGCUGGUGCAGACAUAUCAUACCCUUCUUAUUCUACUGCCCCUUCAGUGCCAAAUAGACUCUACGGCUCACUGAAAUUUGAGUUAAGGAACUCACCUAAUUCACCUUUCUUGUCUCAUUUUGAUUCUGAGACUCUUACCACACAGAGUGACGGUCAAGAACAGCAUAGUUCAACAGAAAAUCUUUCUGAAGCCAGUCCAUCCUGUAAUUCUUCAUUAAAUUAUACCAGUAGUUGCUACCAGCAGUUAAGCUCAUCUCCGGAUUCCAGUCAAGAAAAACCUCAAAUCUCUUCUGGUGGAACUACUCUUUUUCAGAAUCCAAAUAAUGGUCAUAACAUAAAGUACACUUUGCAGCAACUGGAGACUGCUCUAAUGGGACCAGAUGAAGAAGCAACAACAUCAGCUCCCUCUGUAGGGGAAAAUAAACGCCCACAAGCAUCAGGCCAGAAAUCCAGGGCCUGGAGCCAGGAAAAUCAACCCCUGGGAUCGCAAUUAAUUCAUUCCCAGCCGUCUUAUGCCUUGCACCUGGGGAAAUCAGGAAAUGAACUUCCUAUGGAGAAGCGUCUGAGAGCGAUUGAAGAAUUGUCCCUGAAGGGUAUCCCUCCAACUAAUCUUAAACAAUUGUUGAUGGAAUGUGCUCGAGCAUUUUAUGAAAAUGAGCUAGAGAACUUUGAGAAAUUGGUUGAAACAGCACGUGGUGCUGUAAGCAUCACUGGUGAGCCAAUUCAGCGUCUUGGUGCUUACAUGCUUGAAGGGCUAAUAGCAAGGAAAGAGGCAUCGGGAACCAACAUUUACCGGACUCUGAGAUGCAAGGAGCCAGAAGGCAAGGACUUGCUUUCAUACAUGCAUAUUCUGUAUGAAAUAUGUCCUUACUUGAAAUUUGGCUAUAUGGCUGCAAAUGGUGCCAUUGCAGAAGCAUGUAGAAACGAAGAUCGCAUCCACAUUGUGGACUUCCAAAUUGCUCAGGGCACGCAAUGGAUGACUCUCUUACAAGCACUUGCUGCAAGGCCUAGUGGUGCUCCUCAUGUGCGUAUUACUGGCAUUGAUGACCCAGUUUCUCAGUAUGCACGCGGAGAAGGUUUGGCAGCAGUAGGCAAACGCUUAGCAGCCAUUUCUGAAAAGUUCAAUAUUCCAGUGGAGUUCCAUGCAGUGCCAGUUUUCGCUCCAGAGGUUACAAGGGAUAUGCUGUGUAUAAGGCCUGGUGAAGCUCUGGCUGUGAACUUCCCCCUGCAGCUCCAUCACACACCUGAUGAGAGUGUUGAUGUGACCAAUCCAAGAGAUGGGCUUCUCAGAAUGGUGAAGGCACUUAAUCCCAAGGUCGUCACCCUGGUGGAACAAGAAUCAAAGACGAAUACUGCUCCAUUUCUCCCCAGGUUUUGGGAAACUCUAGAAUACUAUUCGGCAAUAUUUGAGUCGAUAGAUGUCACUAUGCCAAGGGACAGGAAGGAGCGAAUUAAUGUGGAGCAACACUGUUUGGCCAGGGAUAUAGUGAAUAUUAUAGCUUGCGAAGGAAAGGAAAGGGUUGAACGCCAUGAGCUCUUUGGAAAGUGGAAAUCCAGAUUUACGAUGGCUGGGUUUCGGCAAUAUCCUCUGAGUUCUUAUGUCAAUUCAGUGAUAAGAGGCCUGUUAAGGUGUUACUCAGAACACUAUACACUAGUGGAGGCUGAUGGCGCUAUGCUGCUGGGGUGGAAAGACAGGAACCUGAUUUCUGCGUCUGCUUGGCACUGAUUCUUAGAAUUCGGAAAGAGCACGAUGGAGAGGUAGAUAUAGAAACAACUGGUUUCUGUUUUUCUGGUUCAUAGGAUGGGCAAUUACAUAGUUACUGUAGCCAUGAUAGCUUUAGGCAUAAUUUCAUUUAGUUAUGUUGUGCAAUAUUGUUGUAAAACGUCAUGUUGGAGAUACAGGUGGGUCAUUUCAUAUUCUCCCCUUUUUAAGUGCUAUUUUCUUCUGUUCAGUACAGAUGUUAGAAUUGUCUUUUGC